AUGGAUUCUCGAGCUUUGUCAGCUUUACUCUCAACCCUGAUCUCCGAACUCCUCAUCACUCUCCUACUCCUCUUCCCUUCAAUCACCAAUUUCAAUUCCAAUUCCAAUUCCAAUUCCAGUUCCUAUGGAAACCUUUUCCCUCUCAUCCACCAUUUUCUCUCCACCUCCGAAAUCGCCGCUUCUCUCUCUCUCUUCUCCAUUUCCAGAAAACGCAAGCGAACCCACCACCCGGACCCCGCCGUCGUCGGCCCCGCGGACGGCGGCGACGAUCCCGGUCCCGAACUCGGUCAACUCGGACGAGUCGACUCAGCCCCUGACUCCUCUCCCCUCAAUCUCUCCGCCGAGACUCGGCUGGGAAUCGGCUUGUUUCGGCUCUCCACCGGCGCGGAUUACUCUGAACUCGCUCGCCGAUUCAAGGUUUCCGAACCAGUCUCCAAGUUCUGCGUCAAACAGCUCUGCCGAGUCCUCUGUACGAAUUUCCGAUUCUGGGUUGGGUUUCCGAGCUCGAACGAGCUCGAAUCGGUGUCCAACGAGUUCGAAUCUCUCACCGGAAUGCCCAAUUGUUGUGGAGUCAUUGACUGUGCUAGGUUCAAAAUUGUACGAGACAAUGGAUUUGAUAAACAAUCAUCAAAUGAUCAAAAUCGCAAAGAUAGCAUCGCAGCACAAAUCGUAGUCGAUUCAUCGUCUCGAAUUCUCAGCAUUGUUGCUGGUUUUCCGGGAAACAAACCCAAUUCACUAGUCCUAAAGUCUUCAACAUUGUAUAAAGACAUUGAAGGAGGGAAUUUACUAGACUCACCACCAAUACCCGUUAAUGGUGUUGAUGUAAAUCAGUAUUUGGUUGGGGAUAGAGAGUACCCUUUACUUCCAUGGUUGAUUGUGCCAUUUGUUGAUCCUGUACCCGGGUCAUGCGAAGCGAGUUUCAAUGAAGCACACCAUUUGAUGAGACUGUCAGCGCUUAGGACCGUUGCGAGUUUGAAGAAUUGGGGUGUUUUGAACAAGCCGAUCGAAGCGGAGUUCAAGACUGCAGUGGCUUACAUUGGUGCUUGUUCAAUAUUGCACAAUGCUUUGCUUAUGAGGGAGGACUAUUCAGCUUUGUGUGAUGGGUUGGUUGAUUAUUCAAGGCAUGAACAGAGCUCUCAGUACUAUAGGGAUGUUAGCGUGGUGGAGAAUUCAAUUGAGAAAAAGGCUUUGAUUAUACGAAGUGCAUUGGCUACAAGCGCUAAUGGGAUUCAAAAAUCGGAUCAAGCUAUGGAUCCUGGUAGUUCAGAACAGUUGCAGAACUAAGAAAUCCCGCAUUUUUGCGAGUUGGAGCUCCGGCUAUGAACAACAUUCUUGAGAUAGGUAACUGAGAAUUGCUUUGAGUUAUAGAUUCUUUUAGUUUAUUUUUGUCUAUUUAGUCUUGAUUGUUUUUGAAACUCAUAUCUGCAUUCGUUUGCCAAUUAGUUGAAACAUAGAAGGUUUUCUUUCCUUGUCAAGAAUGUAAAUACAACUUGUUACCACUGUUAUUCAUUUCUCAAUUUAGUGAAAGCUGUUUUUGAUUGUCAUGUUUGU